AUGACAAGACAUACCUGGACGGUUGCAGAUGCCGGCGUGAUGCUAUGGGAGCCGGCCGUAGAUGCUGCGACAGCUACGGUACUGCAAGAAGCGCAUGCUCUGGAGCAAUCAGACAACGUGGCAGAAACUGAUGAUCAAGCUAGCAGUCACGAUGACUGCGAAGUCAGCAACGAGCAAGACUUGGUGCUACCUUCUCUCGAAGGCUUCUUCGGAUCGUAUACAAAGGAUGAGCCUGGCGAAGAUCUUAGAUCAGAAACUCCUCUGGACACGUCACAGUACGCAUCAGGGACUACCGAGUCGUUCUCAAGUCCCUGCCCACUAUUUUCAAGCAAAGUUGCCUCUACUAAGCUACACAAUUCUUCGAAGACAAGCCGUCAUCUCGAAGUUUCCAAUAUUGAACGAACGCCACCGGUACGUCGAACUCUCAACUUCGAGAUGGCAAACGUCCGUAAGACACUCGAUACCAGUGGGUUUGGUUCGUUAGCAGCAUUGAAGAACCUCGAACGUGACCCGCCUCAUCAAUGGGAUGAAGACGAGCGGGCACUGCUGGCGAUCCUUUACCGAUGGUACAAUGACAAAGACACAACGACACUUCCAAGGGUUUUCAAUGCUAUUACCGACCAAGAUCUGCGACUUUCAGUUAUUCGCCAUCAGUUCGACAGCCACCUGAUCUUAUACGGUCCACGUGCUUACCCGGAAUUCGGUCGCGUUACGGCCGUUCCUUUCAACGAUCCUGAGCAGAAGUACGGCGAGAUUCGUGCGAUCAUCGAAGAAAAGGCGGCCGAGUAUGGCAUUAACUCGUCGCGGCGGAGAAUCGAGGUCAAACGAAAGUCCGGUUUAGCUCAAUACGCGAGAUCUCUAACUACAAGGAAGUACUUCAAGUCUCUAGUUCGGCGCGCGGCAGAGAGGGAGAGGAAGAGGUCUCACGCACCUCCAGCGCCAAAUGCCCAAGAAUUGUCAACACAGGUUUCUCCGCUUGGAGGAGUUACUCUGGCAACGAACGUCGAUUGUGAAGACGAAGAAAGAUGGUACGACGUCGAGGACAUUCGCAGAUCCCCAGUCACAUACACGCAGCCGAGCUCUAGACCGUUGCCUACCACCAACUCUAUUGGCUUCAGGGUAUGGGAUGCAAACAGCAGGACGUUGUUCGAUGAAGAGAGUGGUUUCGUGAGCCAAGCGUUCUCAACAUGGCCGGUUAAGUAUCCACCGCCUUUCCCCCCUGAUGGUCUAGGACUACAGGCGCUGAUGAUUUUCUCAACUUGGCAUCUUUCAAUGAGCGGUGGCGCAUCCCCGUUUGUAUCUGUCUCCACUAGUCUCCUACAGGCACUGGUGAAGGCUUCUACAAUGGAAGAUCCCAGGAUUGCUAUCAGUAUGUCUCAUUCACAAAUAAACUCGUUGAUUCUGGCUAAUUAUUAA